AUGACUAAUGAUGAACCAUUACAAGUUAUAGACGAACUCGGACAAGAUGAUAAUGAUCAAGUGAACAGUGUUAACAACCACUCCGUGGUUGUUGACGGGAUGAAUAAUCCAAAUGAACAUCAUCAACAACGAAUCAAGAAAAAACGAUCACUUCAAGCAAAACAAAAAAAGAACCGAAAAAGAAACAACAAAUUAAGAUCACUUCGAUAUAAAUAUUAUUUAAUAAGAUCAUAUUAUUAUCGAUUUAAACCAAGAAUCGUUAAAAAAGUUCUUCGAUAUUAUGGUGUACAAUAUCGACAUGUGAAAUUUCAAGAUGAUGAAGUGAUUAUAGGUGUUAAAACUGAUAAAGCUCGACGUGAUUAUGAAGAAAUACUACCAUACAAUUGUUUCAACACAAGGAAUUAUUGGAGAUUUAGAAGGUGA